UUUCCUCGUCGUGUCCAACAGAAAGUUGUUCAGAGUCAGAGAGGAAGAGAAGAAGAAACACACACACACAACCAAAGAGAGAGAGAGAGAAGAAGACGAUAGUUGAAUUCCAGCAUCAUGGCUUUGCGGGACGAACUGUUGAAGUCUAUCUGGCACGCGUUCACUGCCCUGGAUGUGGACAAAAGCGGGAAAGUGUCUAAAUCCCAGCUCAAGGUGCUGUCCCACAACUUGUGUACAGUGAUGAAGAUCCCACAUGACCCUGUGGCGCUGGAGGAGCACUUUAAAGACGACGACGAGGGUCCUGUCUCUAACCAGGGGUACAUGCCCUACCUGAACAAGUUCAUCCUGGAUAAGGUGACUGAUAACUUUGACCGUCAGGACUUCAACAAAAUGUGCUGGACGUUGUGCUUCAGGAAGAAUCUGGAUCAAAACCAGCUGCUCAUCUCCAACGACGACGCCUUCAAGAUCUGGUCCAUCUUCAACUUCCUGUCUGAGGACAGAUACCCGCUGACCAUGGUCACUGAGGAGAUUGAGUACUUCCUGCGUAAACUGACGGAGGCAAUGGGGGGCAGCUGGGUGGAGGAGCGUUUCGAGGACUACAAGCUGCAGCUGAACUCGAAGCAGAAGAGUCUGAACGCCUGGGAGCUCAUCGUCCUGGUGGGGUCGGGUCACUUCAGUAAGGGCAUGGACCGCCAGACGCUCUCCAUGGGCAUCAACGAGGUCUACCAGGAGCUCAUCAUGGACGUGCUCAAACAGGGCUACAUGAUGAAGAAAGGUCACAAGAGGAAGAACUGGACCGAGCGCUGGUUCAUGCUAAAGCCAAACUCCAUCUCUUACUACGUCAGCGAGGACCUGGCUGAAAAGAAAGGAGAUAUCUUACUGGAUGGAAACUGCGGCGUGGAGGCUCUACAAGAUAAAGACGGGAAGAAGUGUCUCUUUCUCAUCAAGUCGUUGCAAAAAGGUUUUGAAAUCAGUGCGUCAGACAAGAAGAAGAAGCUGGAGUGGAUCCAGGCCGUUCAGACCUGUGUGAGCCUGCUGCGUCAGGGCCGCCCGGCGCCGCACCGCGAGGCUCGACAGAAGCGGCGGGAGCUGCGGCUGAAGCAGCAGGCCGAACAGGAGGAGCUGGAGCUGAGGAUGAGUGAACUGCAGACGGCCAAUGAGGCCAAACAGCUUGAACUGGAGAACAUGAGGAAGGCUCUGGAGGAGGCGGCGACUAAUGCAGCAGAAGAAGAACGAAGGCGUCUUGAGACUCAAACUGAACUCCAGGACCGCUACAGGAUCGACCUGGAGAGAGAGCAAACUGUACGGCAGCAAAUGGAGGAGCAGGUGGCCCAGAAGUCCACUGAGCUGGAGCAGUACCUGCAGCGGGUUCAGGAGCUGGAGGACAUGUACCAUCAACUGGAGGACGCUCUGGAGGACGAGAGGCGCGCCAGACAGGACGAGGAGGCCGUCCGGAGGCUGCAGGCACGGUUACUGGAGGAAGAGGCCACAAAGAGGAUAGAGCUGGAGGAGUUCCACCUGCGGCAGCAGCGCGCCAUCUCGGAGACGGAGGCUGAGAAAAAGGAGCUGGAGAAAGCUCGUCUGACCAAGGAGAGCGCCCUGCAGGCUGCGAUGAAACAACUGGAGCAGCUGGAGCAAGAGAGGCAGGGGGCGCUGGAGCAGUACCAGACGGUGAUGAAGAAGCUGGAAGACGCAACCAACAACACCAAAACCUGGAAGCACAAGGUGGCUGAACACGAGGGCAUGUUACGGCUCAUUCAACCAGGUUCCAAGGGUCAGCAGCUGAUCACCAACUGGGGCCCAGCAGCCUUUUCUGACGCAGAGCUCAGUCUGAGGCAGAAGAAAUGGCAGGAGACGAAGAAUCAGACGACCCAGGCCCAGUAGAGUCCCUGUACGCCCUGAACCUUAAACAUGUUUACAACUCAGAAGAGCAGACAAGAGAGGGCUGCUGAGACGUACUGUCUGUGAUACAACAUCUAGUGACUGGAAGGACUUGUCUGGUAACUGGAUUUUCAGUGGAGUCCGAAUGCGAGAUUUACCAGGACAAUUUAAGGCAUUUUAGGAUUUGGAGGCAUUAAGUAAUCAAUGACCUUUUAUACCUUAGAACAAGUCUAUCAUCGUAGGCCACCAUCGAUUAAAUGAGCAGAACAGACACUCAAGUCACAUUUUCACAUUAUGAGGAUUAAGUUCACUAAUUCUAGCAGGGAUCCAACAAAUGUACUAAGUCAAGCAGUGAUAACACCAGAAAAAAGAUGCUGGCAUAAUAAUAGACUAACUUUGUUGUUAAAUGUAUUGAUUGCCAUGUCAGUCCCUGGUCUUGUAAUUGAGCAGCUAAAAACGUAGAUUGGUAGUGUGUUUAAAGUCCAAUGAGUGGGGAGUUUUCUUUCCAAAAUGGUGGAUGGGACGGGAUAUAAAAUGUGUUAAAGGUAAAAGCUCACUUUGGGUCAUUAAUAUUUAUCUUUAACCCUAACACCCACCACAGAUAAAAGUAUAUUACAAAAAAUAAACGGUCCAGCUUUGAGUUUGGGAGCUCUGGCUUCAUACACUAAGCCAGCUGUCAAAGAUUUGGGGGUUACAUUUGAUAGCAGCAUGAAAUUUGAAGAGCAGAUCAGCAGUGUUGUUAGAAUGAGCUUUUUCCAGCUUCGUCUCCUGGCUAUAGUUCAGCCCUUCCUUAACAGGCACGAUCUAGAAAAGGGGAUUCAUGCUUUUAUUAGUUCAAGGUUGGAUUACUGUAAUGCUCUUUAUGUUGGUCGAAAUCAAACCUCCAUCUCACAACUUCAACUUGUGCAAAAUGCUGCUGCUCGCUUUUUAACAAAUACAUCUAGACUUGCACACAUCACUCUCGUUAUCUACACCCUACAUUGGCUCCCUGUGCGUUUUUUAGAAUUAAUUUUAAGAUUUUAUUGUUUGUUUUCAAGGCCUUAAAUGGCCUGGCCCCGGAGUAUUUGUCUGAGAUUUUAACCCUGUGUAAGCACAACUGGUCAUUGCGGUCUUCAAAUCAGCUGGUUUUAGAAGUCCCAAGGUCAAGGUAUAAACGGGGGGGGUGCUUUUGCAGUUACUGCCCCGAGACUCUGGAACAAGUAUUAUUGCACUAUUACAGAUGUAGCUCUUUUUAGAUCCAAACUCAAAAUGUAUUUGUUUAGAAUGGCUUUUAAUACGUAGUAGUGGUGUGACAAUUUCCCUCUCCUCCUCCUGUUUCUAUGUAACCUGAUUCUGAUUUUAGUUUUAUUCUUGGUUCUUGAUGUAAAGCACUUUGGAUACCUGCUGGUUGCUGUAAAGUGCUAUAUAAAUAAAUGUUGAUUGAUUGAUCUAAUUCCUCCUGUAUGAUCAACGCCCAGCUCACUAUUGAAGUUACAAGUCUCUUAGUACUUCAGUCUGUUAACAGUGGACACUGUCAAUUAUGUAAGAGCUGACCAUGGCUAAAAUCCUAAGCUAAACAAUAUACAUUAAAAAUCUGUUUACUUUGGGUGCCCAGAUGGCUCAGUUGGUAGAGCAGGCGCCCAUAUAUAGUUUUACUCCUUGACGCAGCGGCCGCAGGUUUCGACUCCGACCUGCGGCCCUUUGCUGCAAGUCAUUCCCCCUCUCUCUCUCUUUCAAGUCUUCAUCUGUCCUGUCAAAAAUAAAGGCAGAAAAUGCCCCAAAUGGUUACUAUUUCCAAUCUACACUUUAUAUAUUGUUUGAAAUGGACUUUACACCACAACAGCAAUACAUAACUUAUGGGCUCUGAAAAGGAGCUAAAAAGAUCUGUGCUCUGUACCUGCUGUAAUCUUGUAAAAACGCCCACCAAUCACUGCCUCGUAGUCAGCUCGGACAGAACUAAUGAAACGCCUCCUUGCCCCGCUGCGCGUAUUCUACCCCUCCUGUGUACGAGCCUGAGUUCAAUGCGCUUCGUUGCUGCAUUGAUAACCGUAUUCAUGUUUGUUUUAAACAUUUGGUAUGAUAAUAUUAGGUGUUUGCUUACCCGUGAAUGAGACAUGAAGUAAUUGUGGCCCUUUCCCCGCUCUGAUCUGAAGCAGCAACGCGGCGGUGCUCCUGCACGUCUGUGUGUGUGGGUCAGAGCCCCGAGGAGAUACUUGUUUCAAAGCUUGCUAGCUUUUCAACAUUACCAACCCUACCUUUAGGAUGUGCAGCUUGCUAAAAGUCAUGACUAGAAAACAGUUUACACCAUUACCUUUUUGACAUUUUCUUUUACUUUGUCCUGACUGUCGAUUUGUUUGUAUCUAUGAAAUACACUACUUUUGACCAGUCGGACCUGUCCAACGUAAAGUGCUUGAGUGUGUUUUAGGUUCACAGUGUUGUAAAGUUGAGGGAUGUUGGACCGCACCAAUCAAGUUGUAAUAUUUUUUAAAAAGCAUCAGUUACAGAAAUGGCUACAAACUGCUCUUUCUGAUGGCCUUUUUUUUCCCUCCUAAGUCUUUUUACAUGAAAGUAUAAGGGAUUUUUGUAAAUAUUUUAACAAUAGUUUUUGUUUUCCUUACUAAAGUUACACUGUAUGAGGGCAGCAUCAGUAGCACCUGGGGAUGACCUGUCUAAUGUAAAGUCAAUAUUUAACAAAGUUGUCUUCUAAAAAAAUAAAUAAAAGAUGUUGAAAUAACAUGUACGAGAACAGGCUUUUAAACAUUUCCUGCUUGUAAACAUUUUCAGAAAUAAGGCGUUUAGCCAAAGUCUCACUCCAAACAAGAAUGCUAACCACAAAACAUUGAUACUGUGUUGUUGUACUGUACUCAUCAGUGCCUUUGUCAUGAGUGAAAAUUAUGAUUUCUAUUUGUUUUUUUGUAUAUGUAAAAAGCUAAAGACUGAACUAUGGAAUAAAGCACCGCUCAAAUAAC